UGGCCCUACAAAAGUGAGUGGCAUAUCCAAAAUCGAAAAGUAAGAAUUACAAACCCUAAUUUCAGAAAUUGAAAAGGCGAUUGAUCGAUCAAAAUAGAAAAUCGCCCAAAACAAUCGAAAAACUCCAUCACCAAAUCUUAGAAAAUGGGAAACGCCGAGAAAUUGAUGAAUCAGAUAAUGGAGCUCAAGUUCACAUCGAAAAGCCUCCAACGCCAAGCCCGAAAAUGCGAGAAGGACGAAAAGUCCGAGAAACUCAAGGUCAAGAAGGCCAUCGAGAAAGGGAACAUGGACGGCGCUAGAAUUUACGCCGAAAACGCCAUCCGCAAGCGCAGCGAACAUAUGAACUAUCUCCGUCUUUCCUCUCGCCUUGACGCCGUUGUGGCUCGGCUAGAUACUCAGGCGAAAAUGACGACGAUCAGCAAGUCAAUGUCCUCGAUCGUCAAAUCACUGGAGUCUUCACUCAACACAGGGAAUCUACAGAAAAUGUCGGAGACGAUGGAUUCCUUCGAGCGUCAGUUUGUGAAUAUGGAGGUUCAAGCUGAAUUUAUGGAGAGUUCUAUGGCUGGAAGUACUUCCCUGUCGACUCCAGAGGACCAGGUUGGCAGCCUGAUGCAACAGGUGGCUGAUGACUAUGGACUCGAGGUGUCCGUGGGGCUUCCGCAAGCAGCCGGACAUGCUAUAUCUUCUAAGGAUGAGGAGAAAGUCAAUGAGGAUGAUCUGUCCAGGCGUCUUGCUGAGCUCAAGGCGCGUGGGUAACUAGAAACUAAAGAUUCUUCUGUUAAUAUAGAAGCUUUGGUAUUUGGUGUAAUGUUGAUACAGUAUGUGGAGUGUUAUCUGUUGCAUACUUAAAAUUGAACAUGUACAUUUACCCUCUUGUGAUGGUGUAGUCAAUUUGCUUUACUAA